AUGUUCAACUCCGAAUAUGAAGACCAGAUCAUGGAACAGACACAACCGUCCGAAGAGCCUUCCUCAGAGCCGCCUCAGAGGAACUGGGGGCUUGUGAUUGGAGUGAAGCUGGCAUCGCAUUCGCUGUUGUUGGACGACGAUCGGUAUGCCAUUAGUAGGCAGCCAGGGCUAAGAACCAUCGUAAUCAACGACACACAUACUCGAUCUCCCCCGUUUGCAGAACUGGCGCGCCUGCAGGCGGCAGACGGUUCUUGUACUUUCGAACUUCGGUAUGAACGAGCUGCAAGUAGACCUCGUAUCUUGGUUGACGGCAGUGGUGGAGUCUUGGAAUUUGAACAGAGAAGUGACGGUACGAACGCGACUGUAGAGCGCAUCCCCGUGAGAGACAGAUCCAUAAUCUCCCUGCAAAUAUCACCUCUCGGCGAGGAGCAAUAUCCGAUAGAGUUCCAAUUCCACAGUCUGAAGAUCGGUGGUCGCAAGGUUCUGGAGUUUUUCGACGUCGCACCUGUCCGCUACUACCUUUCCACCUUUGCCGCUAGCGGCAAAUUCCUGGAAAUCGGUAGCAAGAAACGAAAUGUCUACGCCAUAAGAGCGAUGACGAAGGCCAACGGCACUGGGUGGAACACGCGCAUCAAUGAAAUUUUGUUCAUGAAGAAACUUUCUUCGGGAAAAGAUAACGCGCGCCACUACCUUCGGGCGAUUGCAGACUAUUUUGUUAAUGUGGAUCGCAGCAUUGAUAUUGUGCUCGAACCCUUCGAAGGCACUACAUUGGGCGCCUUUCUUGAACUGAGGGAAUCUCUCAGCGAACGACUGACGAAGCAUCUAAUGCUCCAACUCUGUCAAGGAGUGGCGUAUGUCCAUAGACAAUUGAUCGUACACAACAACGUGGACCUGACGACUAUCCUUGUCGACUCGAAAUUCCCUCCUCAAACGGUCAAGAUAUCAGGUUUCGAAAACGCGAGUGCAGCUCAUCCGGCUGCCCUUGAGGUUCAACCUGAAGGUCCAGGGUAUGCUAAGCCGGAAGUCUCAGCAGAGACGUAUUACGAGGAUCGGUAUGCCUGCGGGAUCGUCGCUUGGAAAUGCAUGGCCGGCAUGACCACGUCUGUCUACGCACAUGUCAGCUUGCCGGAGAACGACUUUUGCAACUACCCAUCCGACAAUCUGACCCUCAGACUAAGCGAUCUUUGUACCAUAGUUGUCGGGUAUGACAAGGAGGGGCAAGAGGUCCACCUCAGCACUAUGGGAUGUCAGUUUAUUGAGGAGCUGACGAUGAACGAGUGGGGGAGCACGUUUGAGCGCCAUUCAUGGCUUCAAGGGGACAACGCCUCAUUUUAUCGCUGGAGCGACAGGACUUGA